AUAUUAGUCAUCCUUGUAAAAAUAGGAAUUUUAUAUUGGAUCCAAGACACAAACUUCGAUACUAUAAUAGUAGAAAUUCCUUUUUUCUAAACUAAAUUUACAGAUUAUGAAAGGGUAAAUGAGGCUCAUUUUUUUAUUGAUAAGAAUUAGGAUCCCUAUUAAAUAGAUUUUAUUUUUUAAGUAAUAAAAUAAAAUAAUUUAAGAUUAAAAUAAAAAAAAAGAAACCUCUUUUAGUUUAUUUAUUUUACUAUUUGCGAAACAUAAAAGGAGCUAUAACAGCUUUAUUUUUAUUUUGUGAUUUAAUAAUAGGAGAAGUUAUUUCAAGUUAUCAUUUUUAACAUAGUCAUGAAAAAAAUUAGGAAUAAAUCAAAUUUCAAUAGCUCAUAUUUAAAACUAUUUAUAUGAUUAAUCCUUUGUCUGUAAAUAAAUUAUUAUUAUUUUAUACACAUAUAUUAAUAUUUAUUAGUUUUUUGCAGUUUAUACAAGAUGGACGAGUAUUUUUGAAUUUUGUUCAGGAUUAACCUCAUUAUAUUUUUUUGCUUAAAGAAAGUAUAUUAUUGGAAUAUUUUUAUAUGGAUUAGCAUUAUAUUUAAAUCCAAUAAUGCUUAUGCUUUCCAUUCCUAUUCUUUGCAUAUCUCCACUUUAAAAUAUAAAUAUAAAAUAACCAAUUUAAUAUAUUCUUUUAAGUUUUCUUGUUUUCUUCGUUUUGGUUUUUUAAUCUUUUUAUUUAACUAAAUCAUUUGUAAAAAAAACAAAACAAAAAAAACAAAAAAUUUAAAAAAUAUUUAAUAGAAUUUUCUAUUCAAAGCACAUAUUGGUUAAUAUUCAAGUAAAUUGUUUUAACCUACAAUAGGCUUAAUAUGGGCUUUAUUUUCGGGUAUGUUCAAUAAUUACUAACUAUUCUACCACACAACGUUUUUCAUGCUUCCUUUAUCUUAUAUAAUCCCUUUAUACCAAAUAUUUAAAAAAGCUAUAAUAGAAAACAAAUUUAAUGAUAAUCUAUAUGGAUUUAUUAGUAGCAUAAGCUUAUAUAUAGGAUAUUUCCAUUUUCAAUAUGUUACUAUAUAUGAACUUUUCUAUAUAGCAAUAUUACUUUUUACUGCUUUUGAUUAUGUUUAAAGAACUCCAUAUUACAUAGUUCAUGUAAUUAUUUAUUAAUAUUAUAAAUUAUAUAAAUAUAUUAUUAAAUUAAGAUUAUUGGAAGUAGCUUUUUGUUAGUAUUAACAUUAAUGCUAACUAAGCUUUGGUUUUACUCUACUACAGGAAAUCCUAACUUCACAUUCUUUUAAUCAAUAGUAACUUAUGUUUUUAUGACUAUAUAAAUAGCUGGAAGUUUGAAAUAAUUACUUUUUGCUAAAAAAAAUGAAAAAAAUCUUAUUAAAUUGGAAUAAUAAAAACAAAAA